GCGCAGCUACAAAAGAUUACAAUGUAAUCCGGAAUAAUUCCGAUUCUGUACGCAUAGGUUAUAAGUUCUUAAAAUUCCUUACAGUCUAAAUAACUACUUUCUACAAUGAAGAACAUCGUGCUGCUCUGCAUUUUUCAAUUCAUUUGCCUUUGGCAAUUCACUGAGGCGGCUCCAUAUAUAAACAUUCAGUCUAGUUCAAGAUCAAAGUCCCAGCAAAUGGUAGGCGGCUUUAUGAGAACUAUUUACGACUACAAAAUUCAGGACAAUGUGAACGAUGCAUCUGGACAACUGGUUCACAGACGGCAGGCGGAUUUCAAAUCGGAUCUAAUGAGCCCGAAUGAGGUAAAUCAAGUGCGCAGUCAACUGAUCGACUAGAAGUAGAGUACCCUGUAUAUUUAGCAAGCAGGUUAUUUUGUAUGUACGCUUUUUAAAUGAGCAAUAACCAAUAA